GUCCGUGUGCGCCACGUCCGUGCCGACAUAGGCCGAAGAUAGUUUGGCGCAUGGUUACAUUAGCCGGUAAACGUCGGAAAUUGAAGUAAGAAUUUUAAGGCUUCAAAACGGGAGUCGUAAGACAGAAAAUAUGGUACGAAACACGUUAAGUGGGUCUUUAACGCUUUGGGCAAUACUUCUCGUAUUGUUCAGCCUUCGUCCAGUUGUUCCGCAGGAGGUGUCGGACAUUACGAUUAAAAGUGUCGACAGAACUAUCGACUUGCAAUCAUCACUGACAAAAAUCACAUCAAAGAUCACUUUGGAGAAUACCGGUGAGAAUGUGGUAAAUGGUUUUUUCUUUACCAUCGAUCCCACAGAGAAGGAUAACCUUAGUUUUAUAGACGCCCAUACGUAUAGAGAACCUAAUCGCGCCGAGUUGAAAGUAACGGAGAAGAAAGUCAGCAAGCAUCCUGACAAAUACUUUUUCUGGAUCGAUCUACGACAGCCACUUACUGUGAAACGAACGGUUGCUGUAGAAAUCGAGACCAUUUUCACUCAUCGACUGGUACCAUAUCCUAAAGAAAUAACGCAGAAAGAGAAGCAACUGGUGCUCUAUAAGGGAAAUGUCUACUUUUAUUCUAUAUAUCCUGUAACAAAGCAGAGUACGUCGGUGAUUCUACCAUCGCGUAACAUUGAAAGCUAUUCCAAGAUUAAACCUGUUUCGCAAAGUGACUCUACGGUUACAUAUGGCCCAUUUGAGAAACGUCCUCCAUUUUCGAACGAAGAGAUUAUGGUACAUUUUGAGAAUAAUAAUAAGUUCCUUACCAUUACCAAAUUGGAGCGUACCAUUGAGAUAUCUCACUGGGGAAACAUAGCUGUCGAGGAAACCAUUGAUUUGUUGCACACUGGAGCUGUGCUCAAAGGGUCCUUUUCAAGAUAUGAAUAUGCACGUGAGCCAGAAUCUAGCCGGUCCAGUGUACAGAGUUUUGAUACCAUUCUACCAGCAGCUGCUUCCGAUAUUUAUUAUAGAGACGACAUUGGUAACAUUUCUACCUCUCACACUCGUAUUAAGGAAGAUUCCGUAGAGUUGAAUUUAAGGCCACGAUUCCCUCUAUUUGGAGGAUGGAAAACACGUUACACAAUUGGGUACAAUUUACCUAGUUAUGAGUAUCUGUUUCAUUCAGGAGAUCACUAUGCCUUACAAAUGAGAGUGUUAGAUCAUAUAUUUGACGACAUGGUGGUGGAUGAGUUGGUUCUUAAAAUUAUAUUGCCAGAAGGUUCGCGCAAUAUACAGUUGAAUCUUCCAUAUCCUAUGACUCGACUUCCAGACUCUCUUCAUUACACCUACUUAGAUACCACUGGUCGUACAGUAAUUACUGUAACCAAACAAAAUCUAAUUGAGAACCAUAUUCAAAACUUUAGGUUAAGAUAUACAUUUCCACGGCUGUUAAUGUUACAGGAACCUCUGCUCGUAGCACUGGCACUCUAUCUCUUAUUCUUAAUGGUCAUAGCUUAUGUUCGUCUGGACUUUUCCAUAGAUAAAGAUGAAGUUUCAGAAAGCAAGUUGCGUAUCGCAGGGCAAUGUGAAAAGAUCUUGGCUGCUCAGGAUCGAAGGGUUUCUUCGUACAAUGAUUUCGAUGACCAGCUAGUUUAUUUGAAAACAAACAAAGACGUCAAUGCAUUUCAGUCUACUAUUAAAAGUAUAAAUCAAGAGUACAAGAACGCGACAAAUACGAUUUCGGAGCUUGCUCAGAAACUCAAGGGAGAAUCCGGUGAUGUCUACGAUCGUAUACAAGAGUUGCAGAAACAUGAUCACAUGCUGAAGGAACUCUAUAACCAGCAACAGGACUUUUAUAUCAAUAAAUUGAUACCAGGAAAGAUUGGAAGGCAGCAAUUCAUCGAAGCCGAAGCAUCCAUCUCUAAAAAGAAAGAAGAGUGCGUUGAGAAAAUCAAUCUUAUCGUUAAAUCACUCCAGUAAUGCGACAUUCGCGAUUGAACGUCUUGUUACAGUCACACCUAGUUGAGGUUGACACGGUGCAUUUGUAAUUAUCAGAGUUGCGGUAUCGUUCCCGAUACAUUAAGCGAACAUUUGGGCGUGCAGUGAUUCUGUUUCAUGGAAAGCAUUUUAUCUAUAAAUAAUUUUACGUUAUUGAAGUACAGUAGUACAAUCACUUUCGCAAUACUUAAACUUUGUAAUAAAAUGAAUUUUGAAGACAA